UCCUAAGUUAUUACCCGGCCAAUAUGGUGACUUUCGGGCACAUGAGAAUCAAAAUGUAACUUUUCCUCUAAGAGAAGAGAAAUAAAAUGCUUCUUGGAGAUAUUGUAAAUGGAAAAGAAAAGUCUCACCUCGUUCUUGUCCAUGACACCGUAAAUCAGGAUGGUAAACCUUUAUUAUGCUGUUUCGUCAAAUCACUUCUUGAAAGCGCUGACGUCAUACAUGCCAUACUGUGGGAUAUGUCACCUGAACAGUUCAUUGGUGCAUUUGACUCGCAUUUGAGAGAAAGGAUUUUCUGCUAUGAUGGUUUCUCUGAUCCUCUUGGAUGGCAUCUCUCAAGAAACGAUUGUGAUAAUAGUCGUGUCUGUGUUAUCCAUCAGAACUCUAAUGUAGCACAAGUGGUUAAGAGUAACUUGGCAAGUCAUUCCUCCCAAAACAGCAAUCCUGGUUAUAUAACUAAAGUAGCUAUUGUAAUCAAUUCCUUAAGCAGACUGUUGCUAUGGAAAUCCUCGUCAACAGUGUGCACAUUACUCAAUCAGCUGUAUUCCAAUCCUCCUGACUCACAGACAGGUUAUCAAGUUGUUCAGGUUGUUGGUUUGGUGCACACAGAUCUUCAUGAUGAUCAGACUUUGAAUGCCGUCAAUUUCCUAGCUUCAUCACUGCUUUGGAUGACACAAGACCUUGAGCAAAAAAAUUCUGAUCCAUCAGUUAGUUGGUGUAGAAUUCUCCACAAAAGAAAAACAGGAAAAGUGAUCAGAAAGGUUGAAAGCUUCACCCUUGGCGAUAACUAUGAACUGACAGAACAUGAAGAAAAGGAUUGGAAUGCUUCCUCUUCUACGGCCCACAGUGAACCACUGGCUGUUCAAGAGGUUGAUCCAACUCAAAACCUCACAUUCAACCUCAAACUGACAGAAAAUGAACGUCAAGCUCGGGCCAACCUGAAACUUCCAUACAUGUACCAUGAAGAGAAGAAAAGCGAGGUGGCAGUAAACUCAGUAGGAGAGGGGAGAGUCUUUUACCAACCUGAUGAAGCAGACGACUUUGAUGAAGACGAUCCCGAUGAUGAUUUAAAUAUCUAAACAUUAAUUUUAUUGAGAAACUGAAAGGUGUUUGUAUUGAAGGAAGAGAUUAUAAAUAUAUAUUAAGCAUUAAAUACAAUUGUGUACUGUAAGUGACUUAACCUCUCAUUCUCCCCACAUCAUGUUUGAAUUUCGUGUAUUGUAUGUUUAGAAAUCGUAGUUUCCAUACAAACCAUAUGACCAUACAUUACAAGCAUAUGAAAUUAAGCACCACAAUGAAGAAUUCUUUAGUGCUUACAGUAUAUACAUUGCACCACUGGUAACAAUUAAUUUUAUACCCUGUGAGCAGUUAGUUUCUCCUAUGCCGAACCAACUGCUCGCAGGGUAUAAAUUUUACCUCUAAACUUAUAUUUUUGGAACUGUGUUUAACUUUAUCCUUUUUUUCUUGGCUUCAAAAGAUUUCAUUAGGAAGAGGACAACAUUUGGCACUUCUGGGGGUAGCAUUUCAUGUUUCAUUCUUUGUCUAGUUUGAUGAUUGAAAAAAGUGCUUCUCUUCCUUCACUACCCUUUCUUUUAUAGUACAUAGCACUUCAUGUUUAACUUAUUGGUUGAAAACAAGGGCAAACCAGGAUAUUGUCAGCUAUAAGAUGCAUAAUACAUGCUGCUGUUAUUUAUAUUCAAGUCCAAGCUUGUACCAGGAGAUCUUUUAAAAAACACAUUUUUAAUUAUAUUUGACAUUAGAAAGUAUGUGGAUGUUGAUGAAAGAAGUAGAACAGUAAGGAUGGGUUCCAAUUAGUGCGAUACUGUCUGUUCACGAUGCAAAGAAAGUCCUGUCAGAUGACCUGCAGCUAGUGGAUUCUGUCUGUGAUCUGUGUAAAACGCAGACUGUGGACUGCACACCAGGGUUAAAAUGCAGACAGCAGACUGGGGCUAGAAUGCAGACUUGUUAACUGAUCAUGCUACCAUUUCGUUCAUUGAAGUCUAACUGAAAACAGGCUAACUGACGCUUCAUUCAGGCUAACCCUAGUGAUAUUCAGAUUAACCAGUGUGAUAUUCAGGCUAACCGAAGUGCAGACUUUCCCAGGCUCAAAUUAGUUUCAAUAACCCUAUAAAUAAGGUUAGCCCUUGAUAAUGGCAAUAAUGCGAUUACUCAAUAAGUCUGCAGGCUGCAUUUUACCCUCAGUUUACAUUUUACCAAGGUCUGCAGUCCAUAGCCUGCAUUUUAAACUGACCGUCCUGUCUGUCACUUGCUCAAUAAGCUAGUGAACUUUCUUGAGGAAAUUUUUGAGGAAAUCAAACUACAGAAGUAAGUUAGUGAGAAUGAGUUUUAGGCCAACAUAUCAUAGCUAGAGCUUGCCCAAAGGGCAAGCCUCAAAGGUAAAACCAUGUAUGCAUGGCAAUUUUUGUUUCCCAAGGAAGGCUGGAAGAUGUCAUGUUUUCCGGAAUUAUCCAUACCCACCCCAAGAAAGGUAAGGGAGCAGUAUAGAUACUUUCUCAAGGCUAGGAAACAACUUCAAUUACAGCUUGUCCUAUGGAAAAGCAGUUCUCAAAUUUUGCUUGUCCAGGGCAAAUCUUUAUUUGCCUUUUUACUUGGACUUCUGUAGGAAAGCCCAAGUAAAAAGGCAAAUUUCCAUAGGAAAGUUUAUCCAUAGGAAAGCCCAAGUCAUAAAAUGCAGGGCAUUUGUCGUCAUCAUAUUUGGUAAACAAAUGGGGGGUCAUAGUCCCAGGUGUUCCUAACAUAGAGCGUGGAAAUGGGGGAUGAGAAUGCAACCGCUUGCUUUUUCGGUAGUAGCUUGAAUUGAUAGAUGAGAAGGCCCUUCUUUCUUCCGUUACAUUUUGUGACCGAU